UCUUCAAAACGAUUAUGUCUGGAAUAAAAGAAAGUGCACAACAAGAAUUAGAACACUUGAAGUCGUUAGUAAAAGACUUGAGUGAUAAAAUUGUAGACCUCGAACAGCGUUCUAAAGCUGCUGUACUGCCAUCCGGUAGAACACCAUCAGAGGAAUUGCGUAUGAUCCUCAUUGGUCCACCAGGUGCAGGUAAGGGUACACAAGCACCAAACAUCGUCAACAAGUACAACGUAUGUCACUUGGCUACUGGUGACAUGUUGCGUUCCGAAGUUGGAAAGAAGACUGCACUCGGUGUCGAAGCAAAACAAAUCAUGGAUGCUGGUGGUUUAAUUAGCGAUGAAAUCGUUGUUGGUAUGAUUAAGAACCAAUUAGAGACAAACGAAAAAUGUAAACUUGGUUUCAUCCUCGAUGGAUUCCCACGUACCGUCCCACAAGCUGAGAAGUUAGACGAUAUGUUGAGCUCUAAGAAGCAAUCGGUUGAUCACGCCGUUGAACUUCAAAUCGCUGAUCAGCUCCUCAUUUCACGUAUCACAGGUAGAUUGGUACACCCUGCAUCAGGUAGAUCCUACCACAAGGAAUUCAACCCACCUAAGAAGCCAAUGACUGAUGACCUCACUGGGGAACCUUUAAUCCAGCGCUCAGACGACAACGUAGAGGCACUCAGAAAGAGACUCAACACUUACCACCAGCAAACUACUCCAGUCGUUGAGUACUAUAGAAAGCAAAACAAGCACCGUCCAAUUGAUGCAUCACAAUCUCCAAAAUUAGUAUGGGAGAACCUCAGUGCUAUUUUUGCUAGCAAGUAAAAGGAUCUAGCUAUAUAUAUGUAGACAGAAUUGAUAUGAAUUAUAAG